UCACUUGGGGCAGAAGAAUUCGUUUUCCUUUCUUUCUCUCUCUCUCGCGCGCGGAGAGUGACGUCACAGGGACGCACGGAUUCGGGAAGGAGGUUUGGAAGGUAGCAUGUGCGGGGGCUGCGUGAAGACGGAGUACCCGCCUCGGGGUACUACUUGCUUGGAGAAUGGAUCCUAUUUAAUGAACUAUGUUGGUUGCAUUGAAUGCAAAACACGGGAUUUUGUGAUGAUUGUGAACAAAGCAACAGAAGAACAGGAUGGAGAGGAAAUAAUCACUUAUGAUCAUGUAUGUAAGAAUUGUCACCAUGUGAUAGCCAGGCAUGAAUACACUUUUGGUGUGGUGGAUGAUUACCAGGAAUAUACCAUGCUAUGCAUGCUCUGCGGGAGGGCAGAAGAUUCUAUCAGUGUCUUGCCUGAUGAUCCUCAUCUGAUGACUCCAUUGUUCUGAAG